CCCGGUAGAAGGGUUCUGGCUAGCCCUGAGGUCUGAGCUGUUCAUAGGUGGUGGCACUGAACUGCCUCCUGCCACCGCCCUGCAGCUUGGCAGUUUCCCUCUCUUGCAAUUUUUAGUUCAGAAGAACCGCACACCAGGGACUCCCCCCCCAGCUCUCCCUGGAUCUAAGCCCCUGUGGCGUUCUCAGAGGCCUAUGCAGUAGUAAGCUAACCCAGAGAUGAAGUCUCCAGGGAGAAUGCUCGUGGUAUCUCUGCUCCUUCUGCUCCUACACUCUGCCACAUCCAUUGCUGCUGAGGACCAGCCCAGCACCAUUCAUUCUGAAGGCUCUGCUUGUGUAGGCUGUGUGCUGGUGCUCUCUGUGGUGGAACAGCUGGCCCAGGUGCACAACUCUACAGUCCAGGCUUCGAUGGAGAGACUGUGCAGCUACCUGCCUGAGGAAUGGUUCUUGAAAACAACGUGCUACACGAUGGUUCAUGAGUUUGGAGCAGACAUCAUAAAACUAUUGGACAAGGACAGGAAUGUUGACAUAGUAUGUCAUGCUCUGAAGUUUUGUAAGCAGAAGCCUGGCCAGCCACUAUGUCACCUCUACCCGCUUCCCAAGGAGCCCUGGAAAUAUGCACUAGAGAGGGCAAGACACAUUGUGAAGAAGUCAGUUACGAAAUAUCCUGAAAGCAGUGAUGAUAUUUGUUCACUCCCAUUCCUGGUGAAGAUCUGUCAGAAAAUCAAAUCAACUAUAGAAAAUUUGGUGCCAUUCAAAGAUGCAGAUGAAGACAAACACAGCAUUUUCCCAACACUGAGAGGCUAUCACUGGCGAGGGAGGGACUGCAAUGACAGCAACAGGGCAGCUUAUCCAGGCCGAAGGCCGGACAACUGGGAUAUACAUCAGGAUUCGAACUGUAAUGGUAUUUGGGGUGUGGAUCCUGAAGAUGGCAUCCCCUACGAGAAGAAGUUCUGUGAAGGUUCACAGCCCAGAGGGAUCAUUCUGCUGGGAGACUCGGCGGGCGCUCAUUUUCACAUCCCUCCCAAAUGGCUCACAGCUUCGCAGCUGUCUGUGAACUCCUUCCUAAAUUUACCAACAGCUCUGACCGAUGAGCUCGACUGGCCCCAAUUCUCUGGUGCUACUGGAUUCCUGGACUCCACCAGCAAAAUUAAAGAACAAUCUCUUUAUCUUCGUUUACGAAAAAGGAACCGCUGCAACCACAGGGACUACCAGAGUAUUUCAAAAAAUGGGGCAUCUUCCCGGAGCCUGCAAUCACUUAUAAAAAGCCUGUCUAGGAACCAACUGUUGGACCACCCAGCAAUCGUCAUAUAUGCUAUGGUCGGGAAUGAUGUCUGCAAUGGGAAGGCUGAUCCGGUCUCCAGAAUGACCACUCCUGAGCAACUGUACUCCAGGGUCAUGAAGAUGCUGGUGGCCCUGGAUUCCCUCCUGCCCACUGGCAGCCAUGUCAUCUUGUACGGCUUGGCAAACGGGAGCUUUCUCUGGGAUACUCUGCAUAGCAGAUAUCAUCCUCUCGGCCAACUGAACCAGGACGUGACCUACGCCCAGGUCUACGCCUUCCUGAGCUGUCUCCAGGUCAACCCCUGCCAAGGCUGGAUGUCUGCCAACAAGACACUGCGGGCUCUCACCUCUGAGAGAGCACAACAACUCUCCGAUACACUGAAGAAAAUUGCAGCCAGCAAGAAAUUUACCAACUUCGACCUUUAUUACCUGGAUUUUGCCUUCCAGGAAGUCGUGGAGGAGUGGCAGAGGAAAGGUGGCCAGCCCUGGGAGCUCAUCGAGCCUGUAGAUGGAUUCCACCCCAGCGAGGUGGCUCUGCUGCUAUUUGCAGAUCAAUUCUGGAAGAAGGUGCAGCUCCAGUGGCCCCAGGUCCUUGGGAAAGAGAAUCCAUUCAACUCACAGAUUGAAGAGGUGUUUGGAGACCAAGGGGGGCACUGAGGGUCACAGGAAUGCCCACCCCUGGAAGUCAGGGAAGUGGUAACUCAGACAAACUCACUGAUUGGGUGGCUGUGUCCCAGGCUCAAAGGACCCGCUACAGCAGAAUCUGUACAAAAUGCUUUUCCUCAUUGCCUCUUCCAGUGAUGGGCACGUCAGAGUCACAGCAUGAAGCUGUGUGCUUCUGGAAUCCCAGCCUCUCCAACUGCCCCUGAGAUAGCCUUGAGCAAAGGGUUUUGGGUACCUUGCCAAGGAAAACAGUGCCUGUGCCCUUCCGCAGCUCAUUGCUGCAAAAAGGGCUAUGAAACCUAGGUAAGAAAUCUAGAGAGUGUUGGCAGCUUACCCAGGGUCUUGGGGGUACAGCCUGGCAAGCUGGGCCCUCCUGGAAAGGCUAUAAGCUGACUGCUAAGGACACACUCAAGACAAAUGCUACAGGCUUCAGGGGCAUUUUGGAGACAGAACCUCCAACUGCAAAUAUCAAUUAGGCACCAACUGGAACACUUAGAAGGAGAAGGGAAAUCACAGCCGACUAUGCCUUUUUGAAGCUGACAAGACUAUAUAUGCCUCACAAAAUUUGUAGAGAGGGCCACUCCUUUUCUUGAAAAGAGAUUCUUACAUUCUCUCACUGUAUAAUCCAAUCACCCCUUCCUUAUGAUGAUGAUUUUGUGGGAUCACUGUCAAUACAAAGAACUGGAAAAUAAAACAUGUUGGUGACUGUUGAUAAGUUAGAAGAGUUUCUUUGAUUUAUACAACUUAUUUUCAAAAAAGUGGUGCCAACUUCUA